AAACAAAUAUAAAUAAUGGAUGAGGAGGUUAUUGUAUUAGGAAUGGUGGAUGCGAUGAAGGGGGGUGGCCAUAGAGCCCGUUCAAGCACAUCCUGUGCCGCUUGCAAGUUCUUGAAAAGAAGAUGCAUUCCUAACUGCAUAUUCGCACCUUAUUUCCGUUCCGACGAGCCGAAGAAAUUCGCAAAAGUCCACAAAGUAUUCGGAGCAAGCAAUGUGAGCAAGAUCCUCAAUGAAGUAGCAGAGGAGCAAAGGGAGGACGCGGUGAAUUCACUUGCUUAUGAAGCUGAGGCGAGGCUGAGAGAUCCAGUUUAUGGUUGCAUUGGAGCUAUAGCUAUGUUGCAAAGAAAAAUGGUUGAGCUCCAAAACGAUCUUGCUCUUGCCAGAGCUCGUCUCGCCGCUCGAUGUGCAACCAAUAUUUCUUCUUUUUCAUCAUCAUCUUCUUCUUCCUCUUAUACCAUCUUUGAUGAUCGCCUUACUGGGACUAGUUUGAGUGGUAUGCAAUCUGCAGCUUAUAAUGGAUUUACUGAUAGCCUCAGCUGCUACAGUAGUAGUACCAAUUUGACGGAAUCUAUCCCACAUGGAUUAAUGUAUGAUUAUAGUUAUGUCCCAUAUAUCUUAUGAUGAAUUUAAUUAUGUAUGAUCAUUUCCCCUAUUUUAUUGAUGAUCAUGAAAGAAUAUGAUCAAAAUUGAUUCAUCGAGUUCUCUUUGAUUUUGAUCAUUUUUAGUUUGCUUAUAGAGAUUCUAUACAAUCUCAAAGUGUGUUUUCUUCAAAUUUUGAAAAGGGGCAGCGGAAUUCAUCUUGGGAUUUGACAA